AUGGAUUGGAUAGUCAUUUUAGUGAUGUGCGAUCUGCUCUUUAAUUACCGCACACUUGCUUAUCACCAAGCAGUCACCUUUUCUGCAAUUCCUUGCGAUGCAGUGGGAGCAGUGAAUGCAGCUGACCUUGCAAUUCAGCACCUCAAUGACGUUCGACGAGAGGGAUACAAGUACAGCCUGAAUAAGAUCAUCAAUGCCCAGGAAAAGCAGGAUCAAUAUGAAUUCAUUUAUUAUUUGGUGUUUGAGGUCUUCGAAACCAGAUGUCACGUCACGAAUCCCAAACCAUUGAAAAGCUGUGAAGUUGAAUCGUUUCCCAUGAUGAAAGCAUUUGGCGAAUGUAAAAUCAUCAUUCGUAUCUCAAAAGGCUUCCUGCAUAUGAAGGAUUAUCAGUGUUCUAAAUACCCAGCUUCAGCUAGAGAUCCAUGUCCAGGAUGCUUCUACACAUUUAAACCAUUAGAGAGUGGAGACAUGAAUCAUGCUGUUAAUAUUGCUAUUCAAAAAUACAACAGUGAGAGCAAAGAUAUAAGCUACUUCUCUAUUUAUAAUAUCACAAAGAUUUUAACAAAGGCAUCUAGCCAGAUGACAUUCGUGGAAUUCAUUAUCCAAGAAACUAAUUGCUUCAAAGAUGAUUUCAUGGUAGUUCUUUCAGCUUGUGUUCCAAAGUCCCAUGAAUUUGCACAUCUGGGUUACUGCACUGUGUCUUUCAAAUCAGUGGCUCCAGUCCUUGAUGUGUCUGAAGUGAGAUGUGACAUUUAUGCAACAAAGGGUGUAACAGUCAAGGGAUUAAGUGGGCAAAAGGAGACACUUGAGGACAACUAUGAAGUUGAAAAACAGAUAUUCACACCCAAAUACAAGAGAUCGAUUUUUAGAUCCAAACAUCAGAGGAUGAAGCAAUCAAGGAUGAGGAAACAGUCCAGGAGGAAAGAGUCAUCUUCUUCAGAAUCAUCAGAGGAACAACAUUUGUACAGUCAUCAUGAACCCUUCAAACAGCCAAAUACUCGUUAUCCCAAUUUUCCAAAUCUCUCCUCACAUGCACUCACCUGUCCUGGUCAGCCCAGAUAUAUUCUUAUAAAAAGCUGAAUAAGUAAAGGAA